AUUUCCUUUUUCCAUUUGAAUCACACUUUGUAGCAAAAAAGAACUCAGACUCUCGUACAAAUUAGGUGAGGAUUAACUAACCUGGAGGAGGAUGCUUCAAAAACUCUGUGGACUCUGGACCUUCAUUUUGUAUUUAGCAGCCAAAGUUUGACGCAAUCUUCCCCGGGAUAAUAACCAGGAAUAGUCCGCAGUGUCAUCAUCACCAUGGAAGUAUUUCAUAUGGAGAAAUAGAGAUAUGCACAACUUUUACUUGGAUGCAAUGUGAGAAUGUUUUGAAAACAUUUAAAGAAACUUGUACAAAAAAAGUAACUUUUCCAGAUGUCUCUGUCGAUGCAGCUGUCUAAUGAAACCCAUUCACACCCCUAAAGAAAAAGUACUUUCUAUAUUUUGCAGCUUUGUGGAUUUCUGGAUUACUUUUUUUUCGCUUUGCAUUGGGAUUUUUCUUCAAUUAUAUUAGAAUAACGGGAUUUUUAAAAACUCUGUAAGCUGUAAGUAGUCGAAGUUUCUAGAAAUGGACGCACACCGAGGAGCCCAAAUACAAAUGUUUUAAUAAAUAACAGCCAGAAAAUGUUAUUUGGGUGAAGUCGUCGGAAAGGGAAGCCCCAAUGAGUGGCACACAGUCAACACUCACUGACAGGACCCCGAGCAUUCUCAACAAGGAGCCCACCGACAAGAAACCCAAGCAUGAGAAAUCCCCCGUCCCCCUCAAACAUGAGUUUGAUCCCACAGGCCUCGUGCAGCGGUGUGUGAUAAUCCAGAGAGAUGAGAAUGGCUUCGGGUUGACUGUAAGCGGAGACAACCCUGUGUUUGUGCAGCUGGUGAAAGAAGAUGGAGCUGCGAUGCGAGCCGGUGUUCAGACCGGAGACCGGAUCAUAAAGGUCAACGGGACCUUAGUCACUCAUUCAAACCACAUAGAGGUUGUGAAGCUGAUCAAAUCGGGGUCCUAUGUGGCCCUCACGGUGCUGGGGAGGCCUCCGGGGCUCCCUAACCUCCCCCUGGGGGAAGAGGAGAGGGAGGCAGGAGCAGAGGUCAGCCCGGCCUCUCCUCUCUCAGCGCCCCAGACUCCCGCAGUGCCGGGCGGGGGGGAGCGAUGCAGCGUCCAGGAGGGCAACUCCUCCACCUCUGAUGGGGGUGAGAAUAAAACCAGGCACAGUGAGCGAGUCGACCUCCUGCAGAAGAUGCUAACCAAGGAGCAGCAGGACCUGCAGUUGAAGGAGGAGGAGUACAGCAGAAACCCUCGUCCUAAACUGCUGAAGGAGGUGCAGGAGGUGAAGAAGCACAUCUCACUGCUGCAGGAGAGGCUCAGCAAAGCAGCUGCAUCACAGGACGGAGCCGUAGGGUGCAGGAACGGUGAGGUAGAGGAGGGGGACGCUGGGACUCAGAACAGCCCGUCCUCUCCUGGGGACAGCAGGACCGACGGACCCUCCCCGAACAACCACUCUAUGCACAGCAGCCCCCUGAUGCAGACGCCCUGUCAGAGCCCAGAUAUCAGCCGACGGGACUUUCAAGAUUUCCGCCCGGCGACUGAAACAGAGGACACUCCUUACGCAGAUUUCAGUGCCCAGUGCAUUGUGGGAAACCCUCCCUUCCUCCCCCACCCGCAGAUCAUCGGAGCAGAAGACGACUACUUUGACUCUCAGCAGGAGCAGAUUAAUGGAGUCUGCAGCUGCUUCCAGAGUUUAGAGGCUCUGAAGUGUCGGCCGGCUCACCUCGCAGUUUUCCUCCAUCAUGUGGUGUCGCAGUUUGACCCUGCACCUCUGUUCUGUUAUCUCUACGCCGACAUGCACAGACAGACCAGCUCCAAAGAGAGCCGGCGCUUCUUCAUCGAGUUCCACUCCCUCUUCAUGGAUCGAACAGCGAAUCUUAAAGUACCAGUGCCUGAUACACUUGCAUCUGAACUGGAGAAGCGCAGGCUGGAGUUAAUCCCCGAGGAUCUGUGCAAACAAUACACUCAGCUGCUGCAGGACUCACUGCUGCCGGACCUGCACAAGAACCUGGAGGACUUCAGACAGAAGCGCAGCAUGGGUCUAACUCUGGCUGAAGACGAGCUGUCGAAGCUGGACUCGGAGGGAGGAAAAGACCCGCAGAAUCUGGAGAGGGAAUGUUCCUGCGCUGAACACAUACUGUCCAAGAUAGAGGACAUCCUGUUGCCGUCACAGCCCACAGAAGAGGAGAAGUGCCAAACGAUGCAGUACGUGAUGCUCACCUACAUGAAGCACCUCGGGGUGAAAGUGAAGGAGCCUCGAGGCCUCGAACACAAACGAGCUCGCAUCAACUUCCUGCCCAAGAUCAAGAAGAGUAUAAAGCCAGAGAAGGAGGGAGAGGAGAAAGUGAAGAAGCCUCGGUUUCCCAACAUCCUCGGCCCGCCUCGACGUCUGAGCCGAGUGGACUCCACUUCAGUGGGUAAAGCCGUGGAGAUGAAUAAGCAGCGUCCCCCGAAGCCUCUCCCCCCGCCGGCCUCCAUCCUCCCCGAACAGCCGGACUCCCCCGCCUCCGGCUCUGCUCGCAGUCGUGGAAAUCUGCAGAGCGACGCGUCGGACGCCGGCACGCAAUCUUCCCCCUCCAACAUCACCUUCCCGACGCACAGCUCCCCCCCCGGCCACGCCUCAGACACCAGCGGACACGACUCUGACUCCAACAGUUCUCCGUUCUGCCUCCAGAAUCGACCCGGUGAUGCUCUUCAUCCGUUCGAGCAUCAGGACGGCGUCAGCAGCCCGACCGGAUCUCAGUUUGACUUCAGCCCCUCCAACAUGGAGCACCUGCAUGAGGAGGAGCAGGACCCCUUCAGGUUGGAGGUUCAUUGUCCGGUGUCCUCAGACGUCCAGAGUGAGGACGAUCAGGGGGAGAGGGAGAGCGAGGCCCCCCCUCUGAACUGGCAGAGCCUCGUCAGCAGAGGAGUCCUGGAGAGCCUCACCCCGCAGGAGAUCAAGCGACAGGAAGUCAUUAACGAGCUGUUCUACACGGAGCGAGCUCACCUGCGCAUGCUGAAGGUGUUGGACUGCGUGUUCCACCAGAGGCUCAGCCGAGACGCCAUCCUCCCCCCGGACGACAUCAAACACAUCUUCGUUAACCUGGAGGAGAUCAUCCAGCUGCACGUUUCCAUCACAGAGCAGAUGACGGCCAUCAGGAAGAGGAGCGAGACGUCGGUGAUCGGGCAGAUCGCUGACGAUCUCCUCGCCUGGUUCAGCGGGGAGGAAGAGGAGAAGAUAAGGCUCGCUGUGGGAACUUUCUGCAGCAACCAGCCGUCGGCUCUGGAGCUCAUCAAGAGCCGCAAGAAGAAGGACCAGAAGUUCACUCUGUUCAUGCGGAAGGCAGAGAGUAACCGUCGGUGCCGCCGGCUGCAGCUGAAGGACAUCAUCCCCGUGGAGAUGCAGAGAGUCACCAAGUACCCUCUGCUGCUGGAGAACAUCGCCAAGUACACAGGAGACGGGGAGGAGAGGGAAAAGGUGAAGAAAGCCGGCGAGUGUUGCAAAAAGAUCCUGAACCACGUCAACCAGGCUGUGAAGGAGGCGGAGAACAAACAGAGGCUGGAGGAUUACCAGAGGAGGUUGGACCUCUCGUCUCUCAAACCCAGUGAAAACCCCGUGAUCCUGGAGCUGAGGAGCCUGGACCUGACCAAGAGGAAGAUGGUGCACGAAGGGCCGCUCUCCUGGAAAGUCAACAAAGACAAGACCAUAGAGCUGUACACGCUGCUGCUGGAGGACAUCCUGGUGCUGCUGCAGAAACAGGACGAGCGCCUGGUUCUCAAAUUUCACGGCAAGAACCCGACCAGCGCCGCCGACACCAAGAACAUCUUCAGCCCCGUCAUCAAACUCAACACCGUGCUGGUGCGGCCCGUCGCCACUGACAACAAGUCCUUCUUCGUCCUGUCCAUGUCUGAGAACGGAGCUCAGAUCUACAAGCUGAGGGCGCACACGGUGUUCGAUCAGAGAGCGUGGCAGUGUCUGAUCACACAGAGUGCAGAGGCCAUGAAGGCCAAACUUCAAGGAGACGCCAUCACUCCUGCAGCUCAGUCUGAAGCUGAGCAGGAGGCCAUAGAGAUCAUCAAAGAAGAAGCGAGUAAAGACCCGGACAGCACGAGUGAAGGCGUCCAUUCUGCAGAUAAAGAUGCCGCUUCUUCUCCAGACGUCCAACCUGCUCCGAGUCUGAACCCGUUCGAUGGCAUGAAGUCAGAAGACGAGGAGGAGGAGCUGCUGGGGGAGGACCGACGCCUGGAAGAUAAUGAAGAUGGUGAAAUAGAGGAGGAAGAGGAGGUGGAUGAAGCAGAGCUGGAGGCUUUCCUGGACGGACAGCUAGAGGACGGGCCUCCCUUCCUGCAGGAGGAACAUCAGGACGUCUCUGCUGAAAACCAGGAGCCGGACGUCUUCGUCUCUGCGUCCUCUAAAGGAGAAGAAGCUCUCAGGACAUUGGCCAUGCUGAAGCAGGCUCUCUUCAACCACAUGAUGAGCCGAGAGGAGGAGAAAGAGGAGAAAGAGGAGGCUCAGGAUCAGAGUGUUUCUCUGCCCGGGAGCCCUGAGGGGCCCCAUGAGAGCCGAGGGUCUCCAGCAUCACAGAAAGAGAACGGUGACGGUGGUUUCGUGGUUCUGGAUUUCGGUGGCGGCUUGGAGGAGAGCAGCACUGAUGAUGACGGAGGAGGAGGAGGAGGUGGAGGAGGAGGAGGAGGAGAUGUUGGCAUCGACAUGAGGAAGCUGCUCUCCUCUUCCUCUCAGGCGGGCGGAGGACCGAACCUCAGCCGACAGCUGAUGACCCACCUGCGCCUCCUGCAGGCCGACUUGCAGUAUCUGAAGGAGGUGGAGAUGAAGUACAACGAGCUGCAAACAACACCCAGCGCCACAGGUGCUGACGAAAACCACGAUUCUUCUCCCUCAUUCGUGUGAGUUUCAAGCCACUCCAGGAUUUCCACCUGAUGAUUUUUGGACUCUUUAACACUGGUUUCGCACAAAAACGGAGGCUUAAUAUCCGCUGUCCCACUUCAGUGGAAGACAUGAUCAUCGUUAUAGGGAACUAUUCACUAUAAACUCGAAACCCUCCCGAGGAGAGACUCUGUGGAGACACCCGAGGACAAUUUGCAGUAUAUUAUUAAUCAACUAUAUAAAUGAUCUUAAACACUGGAGAAAGUCGAGUGUGGAGGCACACAGAAGGAUGCACAGCAGAGAUUUAGAAAACUUUAAGGAGUGAAAAGAGAAAACGGAUCAUGAAGGUAAUGUUGGGUUCAGGACUCACUGCUGUACGCUUGAUUCUGCAAUGAGGAUAUUAGAGACCAACCUCUAAUGUACAUAUUCUAACGGCACAACACGUAAUAAAACACGCUUAAAAAUGGACCUCCUUUCUUUGGAGUGAUGCUGCAUUAUGGCUAUUUUACGUAAGCAAUAAUUCAUGAAAAACCCUUAAUCUUCCGAUAUUAAAGUCCCACAUUUCCCCGAAAAGAUGAAGGUUUAAAAAAAAAAAUGACUUAAGAAACUUUGUAUAAAAAAUACAAAUAUUAGUUUUUUUGGCGUAAAUUUGAAUUCUUUUUUUGUAAAUAUAAGACUUUAAUCCCCUCCCCUUUCAGAAUACUCUCCUGCUCUUCAUGCUUCAUAUUUCUUUACUUAAAUGCCGCUGAUAUGCUGUCAUAUACCUGACAUUUCAGUGAAAAUGAACUCAUUUGGUAACACUAAAGCCUUCUACAUUUGCAGUAAUGUUUGUUUACCUGGUUUGAAUGUCUGAGUAAAUAUUACACAUGAAAUGCUGUUCAUAACUUACCAUUAAGUCCCACAUUUUAAUUUCCUGUAGCAGUUGAAUGUAGUUUAACAUAGCAAAUACAUCGCUGCCGCUUCAUUACCAAUAAAACAAAGCAGAUGUAAAAACAGA